UAGACUUGUUUACUUGUAGCCGGAAUGCUAACUAGAUAAGCUAUGCCUAGUUCUCCUGGAAAGACGGCCAACUUUCGUAUUGUUUCAUUCAAGAACUACAUUUAGGUGCACCUUGGGAUACGGCAGCGUCGUUUUCUUGUCGCAGCAUCGUUUGAAGCCAAGAUGAUCGAGGUGGUGGCCUCCAUGGCCCGAGGCCCCGUGUUUCUGGCCGGGGAGCUCAUGGAGUGUCUCAUAACAUUCACCAACCCGAUGUCCCACCUCUCCACCUCUGCCAGCAGUGAGAUGCUGGCAUGGGCCAGUGCCCAGAUCCACUGCCAGUUUCAUGCCAGUGAGAGCAGAGUGGCCCUGCCGGCCCAGGGCAACAAACAGGACGUCCAGGCUGAGAGCGACACAGUUCUUAUUCCAAGCAGAGGAGAGCGAGGGCAAUGUGUGCUGGACACACCACCUAAGAUAUUAUUCUGUGACCUGCGCCUGGAUCCCGGGGAGAGCAAAACCUAUUCAUACAGUGAGAUCGUACCCAUAGACGGUCCUCCGAGUUUCCGUGGUCAGGCAGUGAAGUACGUCUACAAACUGACCAUCGGCUGCCAGAGAGUCAACUCUCCCAUCAAACUGCUCAGAGUUCCCUUCAGAGUGCUGGUUCUGCAAGGUAUGCCAGAGCCUCCGUUUCCCCAGGAUGAGGAGGUCUCCCCCUCCAACCCAUUCCUGGAGGAAGAGGAAGCGAGCCGCAGGGAUGCUCGGCCGCUGGAGAGAGCACUGGACAUGCUGAUGAUCACCACCUCAAGACGCUGCCCCCACAUGUUUAAUAUCACCAAUAUGCGUGGGAAAGUGGCAAAAUUCUGCAUCUUCAAGACUGUUUACAGACUCGGGGAGGACAUCAUCGGCACAUUCAACUUCUCAGAGGGAGACAUUCCUUGUUUGCAGUAUUCAGUAAGCCUUCAGAGUGAGGAGGAGAUCCAGCAGCAGUACCAGCGGCGUCCAGGGCAGGCCGUCGGUGUGACCGGACACGGACGACACAUGGAGUCCUGCCUCCACACAGCCUCCAGUCACUUCUCUCUCCCCAUACCCCUCAACGUCACGCCGGGUUUCAGCACAGACACAAUGAUCCUCAGGUGGCGCCUGCACUUUGAAUUCGUCACCGCCCGAGAGCCGAUGGAACCGCCCACAGUUCUGCAGAACCAAUCAGAGGUCACAGUUUGGACCGGGGCGGAGCACGUUGACGUGGAUACCUUCAGCUGGGAUCUGCCAAUCAAAGUCCUGCCCACCAACCCGGCCUUGGCGUCCUACAUGUCCCAUUUUACCGGGACCAACAGCAUUAACAUUUGACUGCUGUAUGUGUGAGACUCUGAACACGAGAUCAUCAGGAGUUUCUGAGGGUAUCAUCGUGUGUGUGUGUGUGUGUGUGUGUGUGUGUGUGUGUGUGUGUGUGUGUGUGUGUGUGUGUGUGGGUGUGUGGGUGUGUGUGUGUGUGUGUGUGUGUGUGUGUGUGUGUGUGUGUGUGUGUGUGUGUGUGUGUGGGUGUGUGUGUGUGUGUGUGUGUGGGUGUUGGUGUUGGUGGGUGUGUUUUAUGCAUUUUAUGCAUUUUUGUGUGUGAGUGUGAGAGAGGGACACUUUUUUUUUCUUUCCAGAUGUGAAAUUUUAGCACAGACGUGCAAAUUUCAGUAUUUUUGUUGUUGUUUCUGUUGUACAUGCAGAGCCACUGAUGGAUUCCAAAUUUAAAGUAUGCAAUCUUUGUUUUGCCUUUUCAUAUGCAUUUUUUCCGUGCAUCUUAACUGCAAAGUGCAACUCUCUCUGUGGUUUCUGUGCAGUUCUAUAUUUAUUUCAUUUCCUUUUAUUCACCCACAUUUAUGAAACGGUUUCUUACUCAUAUUUUUACUGUUUUUUUCCUUGCAGCUUGUGAAACGGCUGAAUUGAAAUGUAAAUACUACAAGAGAAAAAAUAAUUAAAAGUGUGAUUUAAAUUUGA